UCGUCUGCCAACCAUCUUUCAACCAUAAAGACAAAUGCAGAUGGAUAUGCAGCAAUGAUAAUGAAAGUGCUUGACAAAGAUAAUAUUGGAUACAUCAUGGUAAGUUUUCUUGAAGAUAACCCGAGGAUCGAUAAUUUUUCGAUUACUACUUGUGUUUGUAACUUUGUGGUGAAUUUAAAACAGAUGGGUAGUCUUAAAUCCUUGCUUCUGGAAGCUGAAACACAUUCCAUCAGCACAAACAGUGAAGAAAGAAAGAAGUUGGGCGACAUGAUAAGUAACAAGCUUAAGCCUACACUUGACCCUAACCCGUUGAAGAGAUGGUACCAUAAACUUAGAUUCUUCGUACUGGAUAACUGGCAAAGAAUUUGGGUAAUAGUGCUAUGGCUCAUGAUUAUGGCCAUCCUCUUCAUAUACAAAUAUAUUCAAUACAAGAAUAGAGAAGUGUAUGAAGUGUUGGGGCAUUGUGUGUGCUUGGCUAAAGGUGCAGCUGAGACACUGAAGCUGAACAUGGCCUUGAUUCUGUUACCUGUAUGCAGAAAUACCAUUACAUGGCUUAGAACUAAAACUAGUUUGGGUGUUAUUGUCCCUUUUGAUGACAACCUCAACUUUCAUCAGGUUAUAGCGGUGGGAAUCAUGAUAGGAGUAGCCAUACACUCGGUGACCCACUUGGCGUGCGAUUUUCCACGGCUAAUUGCGGCAACUCCAGAGGAAUACAUGCCUCUACGAAAAUUCUUUGGAGAAGAGCAACCAAAGAGAUACUUGCAUUUUGUGAAGUCAACAGAAGGAAUAACAGGACUCAUAAUGGUUUUCUUGAUGGCAAUUGCUUUUACACUAGCUAUCCCUUGGUUUAGACGAGGGAAGCUCGAAAAAAAGCUUCCAGAGCCACUAAAGAAACUAGCUAGCUUCAAUGCCUUCUGGUAUACUCACCAUUUGUUCGUGAUAGUAUACAUUCUCCUUGUCCUUCACGGAUACAACUUGUAUCUCAGCAAAGAAUGGUACAAGAAAACAACGUGGAUGUACUUGGCAGUACCAGUAGCUUUCUAUGCAUGUGAGAGAUUAAUACGAGCAUUUAGGUCCAAAAUGGAGACGGUAAAAGUUAUUAAGGCUGCGACUUAUCCUGGAAACGUAUUGACAUUGCACAUGUCAAGGCCUACAAACUUCGAAUACAAGAGCGGUCAAUACAUGUUUGUAAACUGUCCAGCAGUCUCACCGUUUGAGUGGCAUCCAUUUUCAAUAACUUCUGCACCACAUGACGAGUAUUUAAGUGUUCAUAUAAAAUCACUUGGAGAUUGGACAAAGGCUAUCAAAGGAGUUUUCUCCGAGGUAUCUAUGCCACUUCCGGUCGGAGAGAUGUCGCAUGGUGCAAAUAAUUCCGAUUUCCCGAGAAUUAUGAUUGAUGGUCCGUACGGCGCACCAGCACAAGACUACAAGAAAUACGAGGUGGUUCUGCUGAUCGGCCUUGGGAUUGGAGCCACCCCAAUGAUAAGUAUUAUUAAGGACAUAAUCAAUAAUACGGAGACCAAAGAACUUUCUCAAGUUGACCUAGGGAAGGUGGGAUCACAACAUGAGCCACAAGGUGAAAAAGAAACUUUCAAGACGCGAAGGGCUUACUUCUACUGGGUAACAAGGGAGCAAGGCUCAUAUGAUUGGUUCAAGAACAUCAUGAACGAGAUUGCUGAGCGGGACAAAAAUAAAGUCAUAGAACUACACAACUAUUGCACUAGCGUCUAUGAAGAAGGAGACGUUCGUUCAGCGUUCAUACAUAUGCUUCAGUCUCUAAACCAUGCCAAGAGUGGUUUAGACAUUGUCUCUGGGACCAAGGUUAUGUCCUACUUUGCCAAACCUAAUUGGGAAAACAUUUACAAACAGAUAGCCAUGGAUCACCCUGGCUCUAAUGUUGGAGUGUUUUAUUGUGGAGCCCCGGCAUUGACAAAGGAGUUAAGGAAUUUAGCUUUGGAAUUCGCACAUAAGACAAGAACUAGAUUCUCCUUCCACAAAGAAAACUUUUAAAGAUAAUGAAGCCUAUACUCACAAUGCUGAUAAAGUAUGAUGACCAACAAGAUGAUAACUAUUAUGGAGUAUGUGUGAUUGUGUGUUAUGCUUUUGCUUUUUGAAAAGGGUAAUAUUCUACCCGAGGGACCUCAAAUCUAUAUAUAUAUGGAAUAUGCGUGAUUGUGUGUUAUGCUUCUGCUUUUUGAAAAGAGUAAUAUUCUACCCGAUCGACCUUAAAUCUAUAUAUAUAAUAGGAGAGUUGUCUCUCCAUCUAGGGUAUCCACAUCAUCAUCCAAGUCAUCAUAUUGUAAUUUUG